CUUCUCCUAGCCCGCGCCUCGCGAGGGCGGCUCUCUGUCCUAGCCAGCGGCCUCGGGACCCCGCCGGGGGAAGCGGCCCGAGGGCCAGGAAGCGGAGGCCUGUUUGGCGAACAGCUGAGAUGCCGGUUUGGGGCCCAACAGAGACUUUUCCUGAAUCCUUUGGAUCCCCGAAUGUAAAUGUGAGAUCAGUAGGGGCAAUUCCGGGGUCGAGAGGCGUCAAGCUGGGGAAGGUUGACCCAAACGAGGUCCCGUAGAGGCCACGGAGGCUUCCUAGGACGGUAGUGAGAACCUGCUUCUUAAACGGCUUCGGUCCGCGAACGAGAACGAGACGGAGGCCUUGCUCCGUGACUGUUUAUUGGAGUCCGGGAGAAAGUUAAAAUGUCAAUCAGUUAGGAAGAUAUCAGCAAGUACGACAUGCCCCCCUAAGACCAUAAUACGGGGUGUGAAGCGGUAGGAGGUGGGAGGAAGGCCACUCCAGGUGGGGUGAGGCUUUUCAGAUAAGGCCAGAGUUCCACGGAGAUGCGUGAAAGGAGAGAAGCUAGGGAGUGGACUUUUCUAGAUGGAGAAGAGAGCCAACAGGAAGGGUCCUGAGGAGGGAAACGGCGGGAAAGCCAGGUGGCUGGAACUGAAAGAACACGGGCUGGAGUGGUCUGUGAUGGAGAAGUGGGAGGGCCUGAUCCUGCACAGCUAAAUGCCCAAGGAUGACAACAGCAACACGACAAGAAGUUCUUGGCCUCUACCGCAGAAUUUUCAGGCUUGUGAGGAAAUGGCAGGCAGCAUCAGGGCAGAUGGAAGACACCAUUAAAGAAAAACAGUACAUAUUAAAUGAAGCCAGAACACUGUUCCAGAAAAACAAAAACCUCACAGACACAGACCUGAUUAAACAGUGUAUAGAUGAAUGCACAGCCAGGAUUGAAAUUGGACUACAUUACCAGAUUCCUUAUCCAAGGCCAAUUCAUCUGCCUCCAAUGGGCCUUACCCCACUACGAGGCCGGGGACUUCGAAGCCAGGAAAAACUGAGGAAAUUUUCCAAACCAGUAUAUCUCAAGUCUCAUGAUGAGAUUUCCUAACCCAGAAGAAAAUGUGUUUCUCAGAAUGAUGAGCCAACUAGGUCUUGAAUGUAAACCAGAUGACAAAACCCUUCUGCUUGAUUAGGGGCAAAAAUUUAAGUAUCUUCUUAAAAACCUCAAAAAUAUUGGUAUUCACCCCAUGAUCUGUGCUCACACAUCUUUACAGUUCAUCAGAGUCUUGUUGCCUACAUGGAUGACACUAACCCUAGAGCUUACACCCUCACUGAAGCAUCAUUUGGAAACAAGACUAAGGCCUGUAAAAAGAAAGACAAGGAUGACAAAGCUUUUUCAUGGAAAUGCCAUUUGCCAAACAUGCCAGCUGAUAUGAAGAAAUUAGCCAGUUGCUGGAAGUUCUCAUAGCAACUAUAAAACUAUAUACCACCUUCAGAAUAUUUUUAGGCUUUUUUCCCCAGAGUUUUUGCUUAAAACACAAAGGCUUGCUUGAAAGUGGGUUUCUUUGUGUAUGUUCUAUUAUCUUUUGACCUUCCCAGUUCCCAGAUAAACUUCUCAUUGGAGUGCCUCAUUGCAGAUGCCUGGGUGGCUCCGUUGGUUAAGCAUCUGAAUGAUUUCAGCUCAGGUUCUGAUUCCAAGGUCUUGGGAGCCCUGUGUUGGGUUCCUCUCUCAGCAGGAACCUGCUUGUGGAUUCUCUCUCUCCCUCUUUCCCCUCCCCCUGCUUGUGCUUUCUCUAAGAUAAAUAAAUCUUUUUUUUCUUAAGUGCA